AUGUCGUCCAGUUUGCCAGCCCUGGCUCCCCGGCUUCCGGGCUGUCCGCCACCGGUAGAUGACAGGACUUACACGAAAGAGCACUCUGAGGACGAGUGGGAGUCUAUGCGCGAAAUCAUCAGGAAAUUAUACAUCAAAGACAAUAGGAAGCUCAACGAGACUAUGGCCAUACUGCAAGCUCGAUAUGGUUUCGCAGCAACAGAACAGAUGUUUAAGAAGCGUCUAAAGAAAUGGAACUUGAGAAAACGAACAUAUCGAAAGGGUCAAACAAAUUCCACAGCUCCCACUCCCGUAACAGAGGUAGACGCCGAGGGGGAAGCAGACGCAGAUACGGAUGCGGAUGCGGAUGCGGAUGUGGAGAUGGGAACGGAAACAAGAGCAGUAACAGAGGAAACAGAGACUCCCAUCGACUACUCUGGUGCAAGCACCGUCGACGAUCAAGGCUCAUCUUCAUCUUCGACAUCACCAGAAGAACUCGCAGACCAGGAUGACACAAGCAUGGCCAUGACCCUGGUGCAACCAUCAAAUACAGGGCCCUAUGCCGACCUCGAGCAAGUCCUCGGCAGCGUCUUCAACUGGAGCCAGUCCAAGCUGGAAUUCCUCCCCAGCAUUUCAGACCCCAUGUCCGCCUACCUAGCAAAUCCAAACUCACCCCCUAUUCAGGACAGCCGCACAAUGUACCGGAUUUUCGAGCUUGUUUUCGAUCUUUGGUAUCACGGCAAGGGCGAUCUGGCCGGGAUGGCUGCACGACGAGGGUUCUACGUGCUUGAGUUCGUUCUAAGCGAGGAUCAUCCCGACCUAAUCUGGCACGUACUAGACACGAUCUUCGAUAUGGUAGACAGGGGGCAUCUGCAGCUCUUGGGCCUAUUCCUGGAUCACGCUACGGUACUUGCGAAACGACAACUCCCCGCCCAACAUCCCCUCCUUCUCAUUCUCCAGCAAUUACGGGAUUGCGAUUUCCAUUCAGAGGAGGGGCGAAGUUACUUGUGCCACUUACUACGCCAAGCUUGGCUACGGAACGUCGAUCUCCUGGGCCAACACAUCGAAACCUCAGAUGCACAUCGGCUUUGGCUUUACGAACAACUAAUAUGGGAUGGGAGGACACGCCUACGCAAGGGAAGUGAUCUGAGGAAACGGCAGGAAGCUAUGUACCAAGCCUUGGAGAGACUGUCGCAAGCGCAAACCCAGACGUCAAAUGUGAUCGAUGCGGAUAGUCUACGAGUCGAAGCACUGCGACUAGAAUUCACACAAAUGGACGUCGGCGACAAAGUCAAGGCUGAAGAGCUUGCCACCAACUUACUCGACAUCACCAGAUCCGACACGGGACCCAAAUCCAACGAUCGAUUCCACGCAUAUGCAUGCAAAAUGCUGGCUCGAGUACAGGAAGAGAAGAGAGAUUGGGUUAUGGCCGAACGAAACCUACAACAUGCCAUCUCUAAGAGAGAGUCAGCGCAUGGCGGCGACAAUAACUUGCGCGUCAUUCGCGACAUGUGGGUUUUGGCGGCACAUUACCAGAAAGCUGGGCGGUUGGAUGAUGCAAACGCCAUUACGACCGAUGCAUUGUCGAGAGCGCAGAGGUUUUUGAGUCAAGGAAUGGAAUGA